AUGAGGCUUUUAUCGCUACUUAGCUUCUCUUUCUUGGUGAAUGCUUGCAAAAGUACCCCAUCUCCCUCAAAGUCAGCCAAGAUUGAUGUCCAUGCGCACUUUGUUCCUGAUUUCUAUGCUGAUGCGUUGAGAGAGGCGGGCCACACACCAGGACCUGAUGGUAUGCCAGGUAUUCCUAGCUGGGACGCCAAGUCUCAUCUUCAAUUCAUGAAGGAAAACAACAUCGAGAAAUCGAUUUUGUCAAUUUCAAGCCCUGGAGUCUACCUCAAUGUUCCGUCCAAGGAUGCUACCAAGAAAGCCAUCAAGUUAGCCCGCAAGGUUAACAAAUAUGGAUCUGAAGUCAAGGCCAAAUACCCCAAACAGUUCGGCUUUUUCGCCUCUCUUCCUCUCCCGGACGUCAAGGCCUCUCUGAAAGAGAUCGACUUUCUUUUCACCAAGCUCAACCCGAAGCCCGAUGGAAUUGUCAUGAUGUCCAACUACUACGGUCUGUACCUCGGCGACCGUGACCUCGAGCCCGUUUACGAGGCCCUCAAUGAGCUCAAUGUGACGAUCUUCGAACACCCCACAACUCCAUGCACCCAGUUCAACGAGUUGAGAUUCUACAUCGACAAGACGGCACCUGCUAUUUCGCAGCAGCAGUGGCAAGCUCUUAACCGACCUGUCGCUGUCAGGCAAUUUGCCGCGCCUACACUUGACUUCCCUUUCGACACAGCCCGAGCGUUCGCCGACUUGUUCUACACUCGAAUGCCCACCAAGUUCCCCAACCUCAAGUGGAUCAUGUCGCAUGCUGGCGGCGGCCUCAUUCCCACCCUCGACCGAAUUGUCACAUACAGCUCUCUCUACCCCGGCCUGAAUUUGACCGAGGCAUCUAUGAAGGAGACGCUCGCCAAGAAUUUCUACUUCGACCUGGCCGGUCCUUGGCCUGUCAACUUCGCCAUCCCGGCUCUUCUCCGAUGGGUUGAUUACACCAAAAUUGUUUGGGGGUCCGAUACCGUCUUUACACCCAUGGCUUCAGCUGCGAAGCUCGCAACGGCUUUCGACAAGGAUGUCAGUGAGGUGCUCAAGGAUCCUAGCCAGGCCAAUGCUGUCAGGGCUACUAAUGCGCGAAACCUUUUUGGCUAA